AUGUCUCCCUCACCUGGAGACGAGGCCCAGUUGCCGCAGGACUCGAGAAAUACUGGAGGACUUGCCAGUGUCUUCAAGGGUCUUGCUGGGGCUGCCAAGCUGACGAAAGCAGCUCCGACGUUGAUGCAAACUACCAGCUCCACGAUGAACGCCCAGAUCGCCGAGCAGCUCAACGACACCACCGCGGCUUCGCAAGGCUUACCGCCGAAUCACAUGGAAGCAUUCGAGAAGCUUAGAAGCGGUUCAACCAGCGAUCGGGUCGCUGCAGCUGAUCAACUUCGCCAUGCUGUGAAGGACUACCCGCUAAAUCCAGUGCUUGAUAUCUGGUACGCGGCCAAGGAUAUGAUCGAACCAACCCAUGCCAGUAGCACUCGGAUUGCUGGCUGGGCGCUUCUUACUGCCUGCGUGCAGCAUCCCUCGUCGACCGACCUUGAGCGCAAGGAAUAUUUCCAGACAAUCACAGCCCAGGCAAAUGCGGCAGAUUUCUACCUUCAGCUUGAAGCACUAUUGGCGUUAACGAAUCAUGGCCGCGAUUUGUCUGGUUGCGACUACGACGUGUUCCCACUGCUAACGGAGUGGCUUGGCAUGAAGUUCGAUUCCGUGCGUGCAGCGAAGAAACAAGCGUCUCGAAGUAAGGGCAAGGCUGCUGUAUCGGGUGAGGAUAAGGAUUUUGCUGGCCUGUUUGCCUUGACGACAGACGUCAUCAAGUUCAACUUCAGCGUUGUCGAUGACAGCGCUGGCGAGGCCUUGAUCAAUGCGCUUCUCAACAUAUGCAUGAACACGAGCAACACCGAACAUCUCAGGGCUUGCAUUACGGUUCUGGAAGCCAUCGUGACUUUUGGGUCCAUCCCAAACGACAAGUUGAAGGACUGUGUGCAGGUUCUUAGUUCGAUCCAUUGCCUCGUUCCCGCCCUUCAGAAGCCUGCGUGGCAUACUUUGAGCAUUCUGUCCAGGUCGCACAACGGCCAAGCUCUGGUCAGGAUCUUGCUCGAUGUUCUCAACACUCUUCCCACCGAUGCAGACAAGAGUAAGGAACUCGUACGAGAAGUUAGGGGCGCUCUCUCAAUCCUCUUCCGCCUUGUAUCGAAAAAUACGGAGAAGGGCUACCCAUCGAUUCCAUACUCCAUUCUCGUUGACGGACUGACCACGGUGGUGAAGGCCACGCAGGCUUGGAAGAUCCAUGUGGACAUCCUGCGCCUGGCCAAUGCGCUGUUCAGCGAUGCUCAUGGCAACCUUAAUCCCAUGAUUGCCGACGAGGACUGGUCCGGGAUUCUCGACGUUGCGGCCGUGUGUGCAAACAGUGCGGUCACGGCUAAUGUAAUUUUUGAGGAACCGGUUAAAUCUGCAAUUGCGCGGGAGAGCUCAGAAACAGCGAGUGUGGUCAGGACCGAAAUCACGAAGGUUAUCACACGAAUUGAGCGACUGCUGGCGGAACCCGCCGGCGCUUUCACGCAACGACAGGACUGCAUCUUCUUCUUUGCCAAAAUCCACAAGGUUUUGCCCGACUCGGCCGCCAGUUUGGUCCUCGAUUAUUUCAAGGAUUGUCGAUGCUGCUUCCCCUCUGACGUCCAAUGGGAAGCAAAUCUUGAGUUGGUCAUCAAUGGAAUAUUUGCCAAUCGCGAUCGUUCCAGCGCGCUUCGACACCGAGCUGUCCAAGUCGUCACAGAAGUGUACGACAUGAUCGAGCUCAUUAACGAACGGGUCGAACCCGACUUUGUACCCGACCUCGUGAAGCGCCUACUCGCAGACGUAUCCGAGGAGACGGAUAUCGAGGUUCUUGAAGAGCUUGUAUCGUUCACAGCCGGCAUUGCGAACAAUGCGUCAUACACUCUGUUCAGCUACAUUGUUGAUACACUUCGUGGCGUCUUGACGGCUGAUCGACUCCGAUCUCCAACGUCAUCUGUGUUGGCACAAAGCCCCGGACACCCAACACCCCCCGACCAAGCGACAACAUGGACAGGCCAAACCCCAUCCAAUGUCGUGGUGCGAGGCUACGUGCAAAUCUUUAUGCGUGUCAUGAACACCGAUGUAGCCAAGGCAAGCCGACUGUACCAUAUCUUGGUGUCGAUAGCCAAGUCCAACUCGAGCGAAACCGAUGCUCGCCUCAGCGCCAUGAAGCUCCUGUUUCGAUUGAGGGCGGAUUGGGCUGGCCGCAUCUUCGUCACUGCUCACACCGAAUCAGCAUACCUAGCCUCCUCGCUCUACCGCACGGAAGCAUCUCUAGCGCGCAAGCAAGCUGAAGAAGCGGCUCAUCCUGGUAGGCUCUCAAGAGGAGAGGCUGGUGGGUCAGGUGGUUCUUCACGAGGCGUAUCCUUCGGCCAGGGUCAGAUUUAUCCUAGCAGGCCUACCAGCAGCGUUAAGGGCGCUGCCCCAAAAUAUCAGCAAAUGUGGUUUGCAAGCGAUCCAGACGCGCUUCCCGGGCCGGCCUCCCAGGUUGCCAGCCCUGUACUGUAUUCGCAUCUGCCAGGUGUAAAGCCGGAGUCUGGGGAGGAAGCUCCUAAGGACGUCGUGCUGCCCACCAGCUUGUGGCUCGAAGCAAUCCUGAAUCUGUUCCAACAAGGAUGCGAUUGGGAAGUGUACAGUUUUGUUCUAGUACAUCUUCCCUCUCAGUUGAGCAAUCACGGCAUCUUCAAAACCGCGGUGCCGCAGCUGCAGGAACUAAGGAAGACGCUCUGCGAGCAGAUUAGAAUGAACAGCUUCUUAGAGCCCCCUAGUGCCUCUGGACUUCGUCGCUCUGACGUCUCCAUCUGCCUUUUCCACACCCUGACGAUGAUUAUGAGUUACCACCAGCACUUCCAAAAGCCGGACGAAGAUGAGAUGGUCAAUACCUUCGUCCGUGGCAUGACGUGGGAACGAAGCGCCAAAUGCUGCAUUCACGCACUCUCUAUCUGCUGCUACGAGCUUCCCAUGUCAACCAGCAAGGCUCUGGUUACGAUUUUGCAGAAGAUGGCCCAGAUUGUCACUCAACCCUACGUUGCUAUGCACAUCUUAGAGUUCCUGGCUUGCCUGGCUCGACUGCCGUCUCUAUACGUCAACUUCAGAGAAGAUGAAUAUCGAAUCGUGUUUGGCAUCUGCUUCCGAUACCUGCAAUUCGUCAGAGAGAAGCGGCAUUCAUAUCGGUUCAGCUCGGCUAGUGACCCAGCCGCGCAUACAGCGGCCGCAUCCAGUCCGGCAGAUGGCCCCGUACACCCCAACGCGUUUGACGACUUGCCUCAGUAUGUCUAUGCCUUGGCAUACCACGUGGUAACGUUCUGGUUUCUGGCUCUGAAGAUUCCAGACCGCCCGAAUCAUGUCGGCUGGAUCGCGAGAAAUCUUUUUGGAGAUGCCGACGGAUCGCAAACUUCGGAGGAACAAGCCCAGAUCACCAUCGACUUCAUGCAACGAGUGGCAUUUGCCGACGUGGACGAGUCGGCGGCGGACCCGCUUUUCACGGCUGACCGCUACGGAGAGAUUAUGAAGAAGCGCUGGCUGAUCGGCAACAGCAUUGUCACUAUUGAGCAGGCAGUUUCCACGGGAUGGGCGCAGAUCACCAAGCGACAGUCCUCUGGCAAGUCUUCAUACAUAAUCCGCGAAUCAUUCAGACCCCCUCCCGCACAUCAAGAACGAACCACCAAUGACAACUCGCGGGAUGCCAACUCCUUGCACGGCAACAGCGUAUUUCCGAGCCACCUCCUGGUCCAGCUGCUGUCCUCGAUGCCCCAAUGCACCGAUCAAGCUCGGCCGAUUCCCCUGCCUGAUGACGAUGCUAUUGACAGAGCCAUCCGGAUGUUUGACCACAACUCUACGGUUGAUGGCCAUAAAGUUGGCGUCAUCUACAUUGGCGAGAACCAGACGAAGGAGUCGGAGAUAUUGGCCAACGUAUCGGGAAGCAGCGACUACGUGGACUUUCUGAAUGGACUUGGUACCUUAACGCGAUUGAAGGAUGCAAAGUUCAAUGCCCAAGGCUUGGAUCGACAGUAUGACACAGAUGGACAAUUCACCUUUUGUUGGAGAGAUCGCGUGUCUGAGAUUGUAUUCCAUGUCACCACGCAGAUGCCAACCAAUUUGGACAGGGACCCUGGCUGUACUUUGAAGAAGCGACACAUUGGUAACGAUUUCGUCAAUAUCAUAUUCAACGACUCAGGUCUGCCGUUCAAGUUCGAUACAUUCCCGUCAGACUUCAACUACGUCAACAUCGUCAUAACUCCUGAAUCACGAGCUUCGUUCGUCGCUACUAGGCAGAGGACACCGAUCGAUCUGAAGGAGUCAUUCUACAAAGUUCAAGUCAUGAGCAAGCCCGGCUUUCCUGAGAUAUCACCCGCUUCGGAGACAAAAAUAAUCAGUUUGCAAGCCUUACCCAGCUUUAUCCGUCUGCUGGCUCUCAACGCGUCGGUCUUCUCGCUCGUUUGGUCCAACCGCGAGGGCGGCGAGCAUGUUUCGCCCUGGCGCAAUCGACUACGGGAGAUCAAGCGCCUGAGGGAGAAAUAUGGCCCCAAGACGUCACACUCCCAUGGACUAUCGCCGUCCCCUCCUGGGACGGCACUUGGUGGUGGACCGUCUACGAUCCUGAGCAGCUCCCAGUUGGAGCCAAAUAGACCCGGCGGUACUGUUCGUGACAGCUUCAGCAGCUUGAGAAGAUCAUCGGUGGCUACCUUUUUCUCCACCAACAGCGAGCAAAACACGCACUCACACCGCUCGUCAAUGCUCUCGACGGCACCGACUGAGAAUACCGAGAUCCAUGCUGCCAAUGGACUUGACAACCUUGUUGAUCAAGUCGAUUUCUCUAAAUGGGCCUGA